UUAACUUAUUUGUUCAAUAGAUAUUUAGUGAUUGGUUACUAACAUCGUAGCAUUCUGGUUAUUUUAAUUUUUUAAGUGAACUUAUGUAACUUGUUUGGCCCAACAAUGUAGCUAAAUAAAAAACAAUAAUCUGAUUAAUAAAUGGACUUUCAGUCCUAUUAUCCGAGUUAUAAUAAGAAAACGACCUUAUAGCAAAGUUAUUAGCCAAGAGCACCUGCAUAUAUUGAAGGUACUGGAGAACAAAGGAUUUAAAAAUGCCAGAAUCUGGGUAUCAAGUUUUAAAUUCUGAUAGAGAAGAAGAAGUUCAUUUUCAGUUUACUCCAAAUGUUGCAAGAACUCGAUGGAAUCAUAUUGAAGAUUUAGAUACAUUUUUUACUAGAAUAUAUUUAUAUCAUCAAAGACAUGGUUUUAUUUGCUUAAUUCUUCAAGCAGCACUUGAUCUUCUACAAGUUGUAUUUCUAUUGGUAUUUUCGCUAUUUUUAUUCUACUGUAUUGACUAUCCAGUGCUUUUCAGAGAUAAGCCUGUAGAUUCAGGAAAAGGAGUUAAUACAACCGAUAAAGUAAAAAUUUCAGAUGUAAUUUUACCAGCAUCAAAAUGUAUAAGUCACUUUACAUUUUUGACAUAUUUGUAUAUGCUGCCAUUGCUUAUUUUUGUGAUUUUUCGACUAAUGAAAUUAUUUAGUGUAGCAUAUCAUUAUGCUGAUAUUAAAGCAUUUUAUAAUAUUGCUCUCCAUAUACCUGAUAAAGAAUUAGAGAAUUAUACAUGGCGAGAAAUCAUUCUUAAAGUUAUUAAUGCCCAAAAAGAGCAACACAUGUGUAUACAUAAACUUGAACUUACAGAACUUGAUAUCUAUCAAAGAAUUUUAAGGACAAAAAAUUACUUAAUAGCUCUAUUAAAUAAGUCUGUACUUCCUACUCAAUUUAACAUACCUUUAAUAGGAGAUACAGUAUAUUUUUCUCAUGGAAUGAAGUAUAAUUUGAAUUUAUUACUUUUUUGGGGUCCAUGGUCACCAUUUGAAAAUAACUGGCACCUGAAACCUGAAUAUAAACAACCUGGGAAACGUCUUGAGUUGGCUGAGUCAAUGCGUAAAGCUAUUGGUUGGGUUGCUUUUGUAAACUUGUUACUUUGUCCUGUAGUAUUUACUUGGCAACUUAUUUACAAGCUAUGUGAUAAUGCUCAGAUAAUAAAAAAUGAACCUAGUGUAUUAAGUGUUCGAAUAUGGUCUUUAUAUUCCAAAAUAUAUCUGCGCCAUUUUAAUGAACUUGAUCAUGAAUUAAGUGCAAGACUUAGUCGUGCAUAUGUUCCUGCAACUAAAUAUUUACAAAGUUUUGGUGCCCCUAUUAGUGUCAUUAUUGCUAAGAACACUAUGUUUUUUACGAGUGCUAUUAUGGUACCAAUACUAGUGUUAACUGUAUAUGAUGACAGCAUUUUAACAAUUGAACAUAUGAUAACUAUAUUAAGUGGAUUAUCACUCUUAUUUAUAAUAUGUCGAGGUCUUGUUGAUGAUGAAAAAGAAAUAGUAUGUCAAGAGUCAUUAUUGACAGCUGUGUUAGCCGAGGUUCAUUAUUUACCAGACUCAUGGGUUGGCAAAGCUCAUACUCAGCAAGUUAGCAAUCAAUUCUCUCAGAUUUUUCCUUUUAAAGCUAACUAUUUAAUAAAUGAACUGAUCUCGCCAUUAGUCACACCAUUUAUAUUAUAUUUUUGGCUACGACCUAAAGCCCUAGAAAUUGUAGAUUUUUAUCGUAAUUAUACUGCUGAUGUAGCAGGUGUUGGUGAUGUUUGUGCAUUCUCUAUGAUGAAUUUACGUAAAAAUGGUAAUCCUGCUUGGCGAUCUCCUGGGUUUAUCACUACAGACAAUCCAUUAUCAAAGUUACCACAGGUAGAUCAAGCUGAAGAUGGAAAAGUAGAAAUGUCUUUACUUAAUUUCUCAGUACGUAAUCCCACAUGGGAUCCUGUUGAUAUUGAAGCUAAAGAAUUUGUUGAAGAAAUAAUAGCUAAAACACGAAAAGUAUAUUCAUCCAGUGAUAUAGAUAUUGAUCCAAUCAUACAACAUGAAAUAUUAAAUAGUAAUUUACAUAUUGCUGAUAUUCCAUCUUGUUUGCUUGGUCUUGACCAAAGUACUAGACUACUACAUAAAGAAGGCUUAACCGGUCGUCCAAAUAGACUUAAUUCUAGCUCUAUUAUGCGUUCAUCAAUAUUUACUACUUCUGAUUACUCAGCAUCAAUGGAAUUAAACCAAAGUGCAUUAUUACUACACAACAUUCAUCGAAAGCAAUUAGAAGAACGAGGUAAUAUAUCUAAUACAUCUGUUAUACAAUCAACAUCUCAAAAAUCUAAUACAAGUGUCCAAGAACGUACACCAUUAUUAAAACCAAACCCUAGAAUCGUAUAACUAAGAGAUUUGUUUUAAGCCUUAAAAUAACUGUGAUAUUAAUUAAGGUAUAUUUUGUUAACAUGCAGGUAUUCUUUACUUUAAUUUGACUCAAAUAUUUAUUAACUCAUUAGAUUUUACGUAAAUUCUAAAUCUACAACAAUUUGUUUUAUAUUUUGAAAAUUGUAUGAUUAUUGAUACAAUAUCUUAUUGUAUUAUUGA